AUGAAGACAGACAUGGUGAAAAGAAGAAUACAGCUGACUCAUCAACAGCUACUACAUCAGCUGAACAGGGUGCAGCAGGAGAUCAUCCAAGACUUGGGGAAGGUGAAGGGAGAGAGAGAAAAGUCCCUUGCGACAUACAAAGUAAUCCUAAAUCAACAUUUGGACCAGAUUAAGAAAGCAAGCAUGCAAGCUGAGCGUCUGCUUGAAUUAGGCCAUGAAGACCAGCUACAGGAAGAUUGCCAAUUGAUAAGUCUCAAGCUGGGAGAGUUGAUGAAGAUGCCUAAAGUACCUGCAUUUGAUGCUUUAACAGUAUUGGACUUUGUUCCGUCCCCACAACUAACAGACU